CGAACGUCGCGGGUCUGCAGCUCGAGCAAGCGAUGACGGACGGAUGGGCGCGCUACUUGUCGCUCCGCCGGCGCUGGCUUCGCGGUGGCACUGGCGGAGGUGGCAGCAGCUUCAGCGGCAGGGGCGCUGGCCACGGCGGGGGUGGCGACGCCCGAGGCGGCAGCGGUGGCGUGGCUUCCGAGCGUGGAGGUCUGCACGGGAUACAAGAAUGGGCGGACGAGUCCUUGGCCGCUGCGAACCAAAGGUGGGUAGCGUGGCAGCUUCGAACUCUGCGCCGGAGCCGUGCGCCUCCUCUUCGGCCGCCGCCGCCAGCGGCGGCGGCGGCCGAAGAGGUGUCGGCCGAGGGCGGGAAGCGCGGGUUCGGCGGGUUGCUGCGCCGCCGCGCCGCCCCGGCCGACCAAGGGCACGAGGUGGCCACCCCCGCGGUGCGAGCGGAGCCUCCGAGUGGGCCGCGCUUCCGGCCUUUUGACUGGCUUACGAGGCAGCCCAAGAAUGAGCAGGGGCCGCACGCCGAUUGACGGCUGCGUCUCGACUCGGAGCGAGUAUGCCAAUGCGCCAAUGCUCCCAAUCGGGGCUGAGCGCCAAUCAUGAAUCAGAUCGAUCUCUCACAGAUCUCUCAUCGUCAUGGAGCGCAAGAACCAAGAUCGGAAAGAGAUGACGAAGAAAAUGACGUGUGGGUGGGCGUCUGGGUGGGGUGGGGGGAGGGGGUUCUCGUCUCUUGGCACAAUAGUACAUGCA